GGCUGACUCAGAAGGGAGCAUCUGAGGCCUAGCCAUCAUGCUGUGGGCAAUGGCCCGGGUCACCUGCAGUCUGUGUCCUUCCUGGGCUGGGCUCUCCGUGAGGAUGCGCAGCAGUGAGAGAGCCCCCAAGUGCAGCCUGGCCAACCAUGUGGCUGUGGUCACGGGGUCCACUGCUGGAAUCGGCUUGGCCAUUGCCCGGCGUCUGGCCCAGGAUGGAGCCCACGUGGUCAUUAGCAGCCGGAAGCAGCAGAACGUGGACCAGGCUGUGACUAUGUUGCGUGAGGAGGGGCUUAGCGUGACGGGCACUGUGUGCCACGUGGGGAAGGCAGAGGACCGGGAGCGGCUGGUGGCCACGACUGUGAACCGCCACGGAGGUGUUGAUAUCCUGGUAUCCAACGCUGCCGUCAACCCUUUCUUUGGAAACCUGAUGGAUGUCACCGAGGAAAUAUGGGACAAGAUUCUGGACAUUAAUGUGAAGGCUGCAGCCCUGUUGACCAAGGAGGUGGUGCCAGAGAUGGAGAAACGAGGAGGCGGCUCCGUGGUGAUUGUAGCCUCCAUAGCAGCCUUCAGUCCAUUUACUGGUCUGGGCCCUUAUAACGUUAGUAAAACAGCCUUACUGGGCCUUACCAAGAAUCUGGCCAUGGAACUGGCUUCCCGGAACAUUAGAGUGAACUGCCUGGCACCUGGACUCAUCAAGACAAGCUUCAGUAAGAUUUUCUGGAAGGACGCGGUCCAGGAAGAAGAAGCCAAGCAGGUCAUGAGGGUAAGAAGGCUGGGCAACCCGGAGGACUGCGGGGGUAUCGUGUCCUUCCUGUGCUCCGAAGACGCCAGUUACAUCAACGGGGAGACCGUGGUGGUGGGCGGAGGCAGCCCUUCGCGCCUCUGACGACCAGGAGACAGCCCACCUGCGGAGGCUGAGUGCCCUAGCGCACUGGGGGCAGCCUUCAUCCACCAGCCUAGCUCACCUGUGCUUCAAAUUGGACAGCUCACCAUAAGGCUUCCUUCGCUCCUGAGAUCACGGUCCAAGCCUUGGCCAGGACCACGAACUUCCCACCCAUUCAUUAUUCCCUCUCCAUCCCCGGGCGGGGGAGUGGGCACUCUGGGAAAUUAGAGAGAGAUAUAAUAGAGAAGGAAGAACCUGGAGUGGAAGGAGCAGGGUUGGAAAUGAACAACUUGAAAAAGAUGUGAAAAUAAAAUGCAGAUGAUCGCCUUGCUUUCCAGC